UGAGUGUGGCCACUCUGCUCAUGGCCACGUGGUGCUGGCCCAGGCUCCCAGCUUUCCCUGGACCCAGUCUGGCUGGAAUGGGGAGAGCCCCGAAGGGCCUCAGCACAGCCCCGUCCAUGGCUGCAGGGUUGAGGGUUGGGCCGGAGGGUGUGCAGGCCCCAGGCUGACCUGGGCCAGGGAGGAAAGGGCCGGUGGGUCUAGGAGAUGGGGGUGAGGUUCAGAGCUGGUUGAAGCAGAAGGACCCUGGGCAUAAGAGAGGCUACUGCUGGCCCAGGGGGUGGGGUUGGCCAUGGCCUCAUGUACAGACGCCUGGAGGCCAGCCCUUCCCCUGCCUGGCAGACAGCCCGAGGUAAAUUCCUGCAGGCCGGGCCGACUGCAGCACCAGGGCUUGUGACGGAAAUCGGUCCAAAGGUUCUCCAGGCGCCUCUGGGGCUCAGGGCUGCACCCCCUGCCUGCUGAGGCCAUCCUGAGCCCCAGUCCCCUCUGGCGGCAGUGGGAACGUGCCUUCGUAGUGGCCGUCUCUGCAGUGGGUGGUCCGUGGCUUUGUGAGCAUGGGAAGCCUCCCAAGAGGGCUUGGUGGAGCGUCUCCAGCUGGGUGAGGACGUGUGCGUUGGGGUCAUGAGAGGCCCCACAAGCCACGACCAUGGGGACGGAGCCCCUUUGAUGGCUGAAGCUCCUUUUCAAGAUGAAGGGUGCUGCCGCUCCAGCAACGCCCAGACCGGGGCGCCUCCCUAUCCAGGACAGGAUGGAGACCCCAGACCCUGCCUCCUGCCAACACCCGGCGAGUCCAGGCCUAGGACAGCCGCCCAGCGACCACCCAGGAGGCGCAGGUGCCUGGAACGGCUCAGGGUGGGCAGGUUGGCGGUGCCGGCAGUUGCAGGCUAAUGACCACCAGGUGGCGACGGAGGACCAGCCAAUGAAGAAGGAUGCAGGACGCAGAGCCUGACCCAGGGGGCGGGAGGGAGGGCGGAUGGCAGGACCAGUCCUGGGCCGGGAUGGGGGUGCUGUCCCACACUGCCCUCAGCCCCAGGAGCCCCGAGACCCACGGGAACCCAGAGACGGCAAUGCAUUUCCCGAGAGCGGGAGCAGCAAGGCUGGAAUCUCAGGCCGGGAGGACCCACGUGGGUGUGUGGGCUCAGGACAGCUUUUUCACUGGGACAGACUGCAAACUCACUGGCCCUGCAGUGAGUGGUGGCCGCGGGACCCCGGGGGGAAUCCCAGCCCAGUGGGGCUGCGGGCCUCCCCAGGGGCGUCCUCACGCGUGGGCUGGCGCCCCUCUGGGGGCACAGGACCCUCUCUUCCCCCCCACACAGCUUCACCUGGGUCAGGGGAUCCCAGAGGCAAGGGGGCCGUAGACAGUUCUGGGUAGGGGCUCCCAGCCUCGGGGGUCUGGCCAUUGGCUUCGGUACCCAGUGCUCAGUGAGGCGGCACACGCCUGUGCCCCAUGAGGGCAUGUGGGGCUGCCAGCUCAGCCCUGGCUUCGGGGGCGGGGUUGGGCAGUGGGCCUCGCCCACUUCAGUCUCUGUUGUUCGAGGAGCCAGGCUGUGUUCUGGGGCAGAGCCAGGGCUCCUCCUCACAGUCACAGCCCAGGAUCAGGGGUACGUUCUGUCUCCCCAAACACCUGGGAUCCCUCGGCGGGAUGUCAGGCUGUGGGAGCCGGCGUGGCCUCCCAGAGCGUCUUGCAGCCAUGGGGCAUUGGUGUCUUGGCGGCGGCUUCCUCUGCUGGGGAUGGGGUCUCCCACUGGGAGUUCUACGGGACAGGAAGAUGGAUGAGGGUCCCUGCCCCUGCUCUGGCGUUCGGGGAUAGUGAUGGCAGCUCAUGCUGGGCUAAGGGACCGGUGCCCUCUGUCCCCCACAGCACAGGAGGAGGGGUUUGUGAUGACUCUUUCCUUGGAAAGCAGCCCCGAGGCUCACCCUGCAGGCCCUUGCUCUGGGCAGCCAGCUGCUCCUGGCUAGGACGACGUGCCCAGAGGGGGCCUUGCUCUCCCUCCCUCCGAGAGCAGCCUGGGCUCACCAGGGAGACUCUCUCCCUCUGGCUGCCAGGGAGGGGUGAGGUAGCUUCCCAGCCAUCCUUCCUGGGGGACAUGGGUCUCAGCCUCAGGGGGUCUGCUCAGUGUGCUUCCAUGUGCUCGGACCCCUCGUGCUGUGCAGGUCCUAGGGGACCCUGGCCGUCCCUUUCACUGUCCAGAUAGCUGUGUCCAUAGAGCUUCCAGGGACUCACGGCCCAGACAUGGGCUACCAGUGGGGUGGACGCCUCUCCUGCAGGUGGGGUAAGAGCAAUGGGGCUGAGCCACAUGGACUCAGGAGCUCCAGCAGUGCCAGCACCUGUCACCUGCUGUGUGACCACGAGCAAGUGCAGCCACCUCUGUGAGGCUCCAGAGCAUUUUGACUCAGCCCCAAACUGAGUCCUGAUCCCAGCCCACAUAGAGCUCUGAUCCACCUCACACAGAGCCUUGACCUUAGCUCACCCUGAGCCCUGAUCCCAGCUUAUCCUGGACCCGGAUCCUUGUCCACCCUGGACCCGGAUUCUAGCCCACCCUGGACCUGGAUCCUAGCUCACCCUGAACCCGGAUUCUAUCCCACCCUGGACCCGGAUCCUAGCCCACCCUGGACCUGGAUUCUUGUCCACCCUGGACCCGGAUCCUAGCCCACCCUGGGCCGGGAUUCUUGUCCACCCUGGACCCAGAUCCUAGCCCAUCCUGGACCUGGAUUCUUGUCCACCCUGGACCUGGAUCCUAGCCCACCCUGGACCUGGAUCUUAGCCCACCCUGGACCCGGAUUCUUGUCCACCCUGGACCCGGAUCCUAGCCCAUCCUGGACCUGGAUUCUUGUCCACCCUGGACCUGGAUCCUAGCCCACCCUGGACCUGGAUCUUAGCCCACCCUGGACCCGGAUUCUUGUCCACCCUGGACCCGGAUCCUAGCCCACCCUGGACCGGGAUUCUUGUCCACCCUGGACCUGGAUCCUAGCCCACCCUGGACCGGGAUUCUAGCCAACCCUGGACCUGGAUCCUAGCCCAUCCUGGACCCGGAUCCCAACCCACCCUGGACCCGGAUCCCAGCCCACCCUGGACCUGGAUCUUAGCCCACCCUGGACCUGGAUUCUAGCCAACCCUGGACUCAGAUCCUAGCCCACCCUGGACCUGGAUUCUAGCCCACCCUGGACCCGGAUCCUAGCCCACCCUGGACCCGGAUCCCAGCCCACCCUGGACCUGGAUUCUAACUCACCCUGAGCCCUGAUCCUGGGCCACCCUGGGCCCUGAUUCCUAUCCCCACAGAGUCCUCACCACCACCGGCACUGUCUGACCCAGGCAGGGCUCUGAGAGUCUGUGCUGACAGAAAGAUCAUCAAAGUGGACGGGACAGAUGGGGGCCACACCUCCUGCUGUGGGGCGGGGGCGGUGGUGGAAAAUGUCCCAGCAGGUGUUUAACUCCUGUAUUUGUUCCUCCUCAUUGUGGCUCUGAGGCCACGUGACUUGUGUGGGGCAGAGGCUGUUUCUUUUGGUGUGGAAUUCCACCAUUAGCACUUCCUGUCCUUGGGGCAAGCCUCGCUCUUAACCAGCAGAUCCCAGAGGGAGGACUCCUCGUCCCUGGGCAGGUCCUAGAGGUUCUUUGUUGGAGGCUGCAGGCCAGGCCACGGGUGCAGGAAGGUGGGCAUCAAGGCAGGGGCUCAGCAACGGUGGGUGAGGACCUCAGCGGGGCAGGCGGGGCAGCCUCCAUGGCCCUUCCAACCCGAGCCCAGGCGCCUGGCUGAGCUGGAGCUGGACGCACAGAGAGCCCUGCCUGCAGCUCCGUAACCUUCCGUGGUGACACCGCCCCGGCUCCCAGCCCCCUCUCAGUUCAUGCUCUCUCCCCUGCACACCCUGAUCCUGUGUACCCUCACUGGCUGCGUGUGAGUGGGGGAGUUCUGGAAGAUAACCUGCCAGCGGCACUUAUGUAAACCCCAGGUGAUUUAUAAGCAUGGACAGUUUUAAGGCCGCCGGAGCGCAGAGCAGGUACUCAGCCAGACUGCUGACCCAACAGUUUCAAAGUGAGCGUGAAGGCACGAACUGGGCGGACCUGGGUCUCCGGGCGCCUGCCCCCGCCCCUGGCCCCCCAUCAUGUUGCUCAGGGCAGCUGCUGUCUCUGCUGGCUCCUUGCAGAGGACGUUGGGGGGUCCUGUGGGCUGUCAAGGGGAAGGGCGGUGGCCUGGCUGGGGCCUGUGAGGCUCACAAGAGCUGGGCGGCGGGUCCUAUUGGUUGCGCUGGGGUCCAGGUGGCUGUGGUGGGGCUCGAGACAAGGAGUGGGGGUCCCAUUUCUCCUGGGAUGAGGAGGGUGACAGCAGGCUGGGUGGCCCAGGAAGCUGAGCUGAACUUCUUUUGCUCUGUGAGUGGAUGCAGGCCAGGCAUGGUGGUGCAGGCAGCUGGGGUGGGGAGGAAGGGAGUCCAGCCCCACCCAUCCCUACUUGGCUGGGGGAGGGUGCCCCAGCCCGCUGGCCUCCAGGGCCUGGGGUGGGAAGCUGGUGAGGGAGGAGGGCUGGAGGUAAUGGGAGACCUGCCUGACGCAGGGAAGCAGGUGGAGACUGCAGGGAGGCUGAGUCCCCACUUUCCCAGCCAGGCUGCACAGGGGACACAGAUACGGAACCUCCUGACUCCUACCUGCUGGUGCUCAGCUCAGACGCUGUGGAGCGCGCCACGUUGCCUCCCAAGAGUGUGGCUGGGCCCAGCUAUGACGAGGAUGGGUGUGAGGGGCUGUGGGCCCAGGAGGAAGUGGACACAGACGCUGGUGGGACCAAGGAGGGUCACAAGGCUGGGGGCAGGAGAGCAAGGGCGGCUGGGGAAGGUGCUGCCAGGCACCCACACCUGCAGGGCUUUGCAGCCACCAGCCACUGGGGGACCCUGAACCAGGCCCCUUCCCUCUCUUGGCCUCAGCUCCUCUGUGCCUGAAAGAGGGGCCCUAGGGCUGGUCCCUGUCAGCCAGUGGUUCCUCAGCUGGUCCCCAAGGACAAGGCACAAGGUGGCACCACUGAGUGGCUUCAGGAGCUUACUCCUGGCCGUGUGCAUAUGUGAGCAUGUGCACCUCUGCACGCACGCAUGCAAGCGUGUGCCUGUGUGCAAUGCAUGUAUGUGCAGGUACAUGGACAUGUGCAUGGGCAGACACAGGUACAUUUGUGUCCAUGUAUGUGGGUGUGGACAGAUGCAUACAUGUGUGCAUGUAUGUGUGUAUGCCUGUGUAUAUGGAUGUGUAUGUAUUUGUGUGUGCAUGUGUGCAUACAUGUGUGCAGGAAUGUGUGUGCAUUUGUGUGUGUGUGCAUGGAUGUGUGCAUGUGUGUGCAUGGAUGUAUGUGCAUCUGUGUGCGUGUGUGUACGUGUGUGCACCAGGGAGCAGGGCUGAGUGUCCUGAAGGAGGAGGAGCCAGGGCUGCACGCAUGAAGUUGCAGGUGUUGGAGGCUGAGUGAGUCACACAUCUCCCCCGGUGCAGUGGGGCAGGCUGUGGAUUGGCACGGCUGCCAUGUCCUCUUUCGUCCUCCUAAUGUGAAGUUAAUCAGGUAGAGCAUUCGAGAAAGACAUUUGGAAGUUGAUCUCAAAUCAGGAGAGCCCUCAGUGUGGGAGAGGGAGGGUGAGGCAAGUCCCCGCCUCUGGGGAACCUGCGUGGGGUGGGGUGGGCGCACAGAGGGACUGGGCUGGGUGGCACUGUUGCUGGGGGGCCCCUGGGUGGGGCAUUUUCUCCUGCCUGGCUCCCCCUUCCUUAUCUGCCAAGGGUGGAAACAGUGAGUGUAGGGCACCCAGGCAGCCUGGCGGGGGUAGGGGCGGGUUAGGGGACAGCCCGGCAGUCGGGUCUGGGAGGAGGAUGGAGGCUCCUCUGGUGGCCCCACUAGGGUUGCAUGUCCUCCGAGGCUCAGCUCCCUCUAGCUGGCCCUGGGGGUGAGUCCUGCCCAGGUGUCCUCGCUGUCCAGGGAGUGAGGGCCACAGCUCUGGCAGGCUGGGACCCGCCUCGGGAAGGCAGGCAGCGCUGGAUGCCUGGGCACCCUCCUGUCUCCCACACCCUGAAUGCCCGUGGUCGGGGGAGCAUGAUUCUAUCUCUGCGGAGGGCAUGGUGUGGAGAAGCUGGCCAGGAACUGGAGGCCUGGAACUCAGGUCAGGAAAAUGCUGUGUUUGUCCCUGGGUGUGCACAGACCAGGAAAAGGGGCAAAGGCCACUGCACCCCUGGGGAGACGCUGGUGGAUGAGUGCUCCUGGAGACAGGGAUGAAGGGAGGCCGGGUGGCAAGGAGGCCUUGCUUGCCAAGGCUGUGGCAUGGCCUGGAAGGCUGGUGGGGCAGCCCUGGGCAGGCAGAGGUGAGCUGUGGCUAUGGUCAGGGAAGGUGGCACCGCUGGGCUGACACCUGGCACUGUGGUCCCAAGGCCAGCAUCCCGGGUGCUGGGACAGCACGGGGCACAAAUACCAGCCCACAUAGAAAUGAGGCAAUGGGUCACAAGUGCAAACCCACAGCUAGUGAAUAUUUAACGCCUAACAAAAGUGCAUGCAUAAUUAACCAGGCGCUGGCGGAGGAGCUGGAAUAAUUUGUCUUCUUAAAGGGGAUUUGGUAAUUCGUUAAGCUAUUUUGAAAUCUGCAGUCUAGCUACGGGAACUGCUCUGAUUUCUAAAUUAAUUUGUGUGAUUUAGAAAGUGGAAGCCUGUCGGUUCUGUGGGGGCCGCGGGUAGCAGGGUGGCCUCUGAGGGCUCCGAGGUGCGCUUGGCGAUUGUUGAUUGCCCUAGCGAUGGAUGCCCUCAUCCGUGGAGACCCUGCUGCGGAGCGCAGCCCUGUGCACCCCGCCUCUCCCACCAGCCUUGAUUCCAUGUGUGGAACCCAGCGCCCCCCCACCCUGCCAGGUGAGUUAGUUUACGAGCAGGUGCUGUGGGACGCUGGUCUCCAGAGGCUCAGUUUAAUCCUCCUCAGAGGAUGCUCCGGGCUGGAGGUUGGUGAGCCUGUCUGGCCUGGAGGCGCAGGGCCUGGCUCUCAGAGCAGCUGACCCAGCUGCAGUUCGAGCACCAGGCUGUGAGUCAAAGGACGACCUGUAGCACAAAGGGUCACAGCAGUGACCACUGGAAAAGCCCCCCAUUUCCAGCCCCAGAUCCCUAGACUGAGAGUCCCAGCGGCAUGUCACUGACUGGGAGCCUGCACCACAUCCUGCAGGGCCCUGGCGGGCGCCACAGGGCAUUACCACCCAGCCGGCACCAUCCCUGAGUCUCCCAAGGCCACUCUGCCCCAUCACGCCGGCAGCUGCCGGACAGUGGGGAUGUCAGACCGGUGGAUUCAUUGCAGCUUGAAGGGAGAUCCUUGGUAACCGCCAUGCUGUGUGGAAGGCCAGGCUGAAGGGGAAAGAUGGUCAUUUUGGCAGAAGGCUUGUGGCCAGGAAUGACCAGUCCGUAUUCAAAGUAAGCGUCUCUUCCAGUAAGAAUUAAGCACCGCCUCUUUCAUACAAAAACAGUCCAAUGUCAUCACCUGUCACCAGGCUGCCCUGGUGAUGGUGCUUCAACCUGUACUAAGCCUCAGUUUACCUUCCUAGCCAAGCCAAGGUCCACUUCCCAGUCAAGCCUGGGUCUGUUACCCCAGCCGAACCUGAUUCCACCUGCCAGCUGAGCCUGAGUCCACCUCCCAGCUGAGCCUGGAGCCAAAAUUCCAGAUGAGCCUGAGUCCCCCUUCCAGCUGAGUCUGAGUCUACCUCCCAGAUGAACCUGGGUCCAUCACCCUAGCUGAGCCUGAGUCCACCUCCCAGCUGAACCUGGGAUCACCUCCCAGCUGAGCCUGAAUCCACCUCCCAUCUGAGCCUGGGUCCACCUCCCAGCUGAGCCUGGGACCAUUAUCCCAGGUAAGCCUGAGUCCACCUCCCAGGUGAACCUGAGUCCACCUCCCAUCUGAGCCUGGGUCCACCUCCCAUCUGAGCCUGAGUCCACCUCCCAGCUGAACCUGGGGUCACCUCCCAGCUGAAUCUGGGUCCACCUCCCAGCUGAGAGGGACCCUUGUGAUUUGAGCCUACGACCCUAUGGAGCCGUGUUCACAGUGAGUGAUUUUGGUGGUCCCUUCAUUUGGUGACUUCUGGGUGUCAAGCACAGAGAGUUGAGCGAAUCCCACCUGGGUUGGCUGGGGGUCUCCAGCCAAGCAUGCCCAUCCCCUUGGUGACCCACUCCUCACAAGCCUGGGACACCAGACCCUUGGGGAGCUCAAGGGUCCUGAGUCUGACACACAGGGUCUGCUGGUGUGUCCUGGAAUGGUGGUGAGGUGGUCCCUGGAAGAAGAGAGGGGAGACCUGGUACACUGUCCUGUCCGUGCACCGUGGCCUGUCAGAGCCUAAGCACCUCAGGGAAAGGCCCACGGCCUUUGCCAGGCCUCUCAGCACUGGAGCUGCUUCUCUCUGUGAGGGACCUGCUGCUGGCUCCAAGGGGCAUCUAGACAGGGGAGCAGAAGCCCCUCUAGCCUUGUUCCCAGGGGGCUGCGAAGAGGAGGGUCUCCUGCCCCCAGGUAUGUUGUGUGAAAGGGGGAUCUCCUGCUCCCAGGUGUGUUGUGUGAAAGGGGGUCUCCUGCCCCCCGGUGUGUUGUGUGAAAGGGGGUCUCCUGCCCCCAGGUGUGUUGUGUGAAAGGGGGUCUCCUGCCCCCCGGUGUGUUGUGUGAAAGGGGGUCUCCUGCUCCCCGGUGUGUUGUGUGAAAGGGGUUCUCCUGCUCCCUGGGAGUUUCUGGGACAUAUUUCUGGGAUUGGGGACCACAGCAGAGAAGUCUGUGGUUUCCUUGGAUUCUGGAAGGUUCUGGGGGAACUGGGGAAGGGUCAGGUCAGAGGCUCUUCCUGGGGAGGGGUGGCCAGCCAGGAGUGACACAGUAACCAUUUCCUGCAGAGCCUGGGGGCCUGGCUCCUGUGGGGGAUCAGGGCAUCACUUCCUGGAUGGGUGACGGAGGCUGGGGGCUCCUGCAGACCCUGCCUUCUCUGAGCUCCCCAGGGCAAAUGGGCAUCCUCAGUCUGUGCGGGCUGGGAGGCCCUGAGGGCAUCUUGUGGGCUCCUCUUCUUGGGCUGUGGGAAGAGGGGGUGACCCUCUGGCCCACAUGAGCCUCACUCUGGCCCGGUCAGCCCGGUGCUAGCGUCCCGCUGGGGCAGGAUUUGAGGGGCAUGAUGGCUGCUUCCUCUGAGCUGCAGGUUGGACAGGGCUGCACAGGGAGCUGGGUGCUCUGGGCCAGAGGAGGGCCCUGGUCCACGGGGGCCCACCCAGGCACGGUGUCACCACAGCCCUCCAGCCUACCCCAGAGCGUCCUGCCUGCUCCUGGGCAGGCCCCUGGUCCCUAGUCCCUGCGUGGGUGCAGAGCUUCCUGCAGGAGGCUGGGAGCCUGGCGUGAGGCACAGGGCUGGGCAUGUCUUCAAAGCCUGUGCGUGAGGCGCAGGGCCCGCUGCCACAACCUCUGGCUUUGAAGAUGACGGCCCUGGCUGCUUCUUUCCCACCUAUAGUGCCUUUUUCAAGCUUCAGAGCCAGCCUGGUAGCUCCUGGAGAGGCUCAGCCCCUGCUGGAUGUGGCCAGGGUCGGUGGGGGAAGAAGAGGUAUGUCCUCAGGGACAGUGCUGGCAGCCACUGAGACUGAAGCUGUGACCCCAGGGCAGAUGGCAGCUGCCUGGUGGGUGUUUGCUCCCCGGGAAGGAGCAGAGAUGACUGUAGAUUGCCACCUCCGUGACCCCCUCCCUGGCUGCCUCUGUGACCCGCUCCCUGGCUCUGCUGAGUGGCCGCUUUCCUGGGAGUUCAUCCAGUCCUUGCUGCACAGGUGGGGAAACUGAGGCUCAGCAGGUGGGUGAGGGGCUGGGUCCCGGCUGGGUCCCUCCUGGUUCCCUCUUUCUGGCGGGGCUCACAUGGCUCUGAUUCUGAGCUGCUGAUCCCCUCCUGGAGACCCACUGGGGUGCAGCCGGCCCCUGGUCCCUCCAGCCCAGCGUCUCCAGGGCUCUUCAAGAGGCCGCGGAGCCUCCAGUCUCCUCUUUGUUCUGCCCAGCUCGGGCCCACAGCCACUCUCUCCAUGGCUGGAUGCAUCCUGAAAUUCUCUUUCCAUUAAAAAUAAAUGCCCCAUUUUAUCUGCCUGAAAUGGCCCCGCUCUCUGCUUGUCUCUUCUGUGCCGCUGUAUAGGAGAACUAUAAAAUCAUAAUACAACUAUUAAUCCCCUGUAUCUGCUUGUACCUAAUUUUUAUUAAAAAUAUCCUGCGCUCCAGCUGCCGUGUAAAUUACAGUGAGGUUGAAAAGUCUCCAGCUGGAUUAGCCGGGAAGGAGAGCGUGUUGGGUGGGACACAGGCUCGCUCUGGGGCUGGCGGGCUGGGUCAGGAACUGGCAAAGCCACGCUGGGGUGGCCCUCUGCCCUGUGCAGCUGCAGGGAAACCGGUUUCCAUGGCUUGUUGGCAGCUGCCUCCCGCUCCCGGCCUGGGCUCCCUGGAUCUGGGAUGGACUCAGGCGGGUCUGAUGAGAGGAGCUCGGGGUCUCAGCAGUCCUGGCCCACUGCUCCUGGUGUCACCCUGUGCAGACGCAGACUUGAGUCUAGCUGCAGUGGCCAUGGGCCAUGGGACCCUUCCGAGUGUGCCCCUGCACAGAGGAGUCUAAGGGGUGCCAAGGGGGACGGAGUGUGGCGGGGUUUCUGCCUUCUGAGGAGGGCACACUCCACCCCUCUGAGGCCUUGUGUGGCCUGCCCAUCUCUCCCCUAAAAGUGGCCACAAACACUCUGAGGGCUUCCUGGGGGGCCAUCAAGGCUCGGAGUGGCAGCAGAAAGCUUUUCUGACAUUCAGUGGAGCCGGGACAUGCCCCAGGCCCUCACACACCAGGCAGAUGAGGGAGGGGCCCAUGGCUUCUUUCUCCCAGCCUGAGCCCUACCCGGCAUGUUGUGUGAGGACAGGAGAUGCCUUGGGGGCUGGGGAUGACAGCUGGACGCUCCCUGGCAGCCACCCACAGGCAGCAUUGCAGGAGGGAGGCGCCGGCCUACAGGGGUGCAGCGAGGCUGAGGACAGAGGCACACCUUUGGUGGGCUGCAGGUGCUGGCGGCCAUCAUGGUUGGGUUGUGGGUGGGUCCCAAAAGCCCAGCUCUGUAGCCUGGCCUCUGAGUUGGGCUGACCUCCCAAAGUGGGCCUUUCAGAGGGAGGAAGUCAGGAGGCUGUCUGAUGGUGGCUGCAAGGCUGGUGAUGGCACUGCCGGGGGGCGGUUAAGGAACCCUCAUGAGUGCUGGGGCUUAGGGAGCAGCUGGACCGAGGUAGCCCCUCCUCUUGGGGACCCCCUCACUGCAAAGGGGUGUUGGCCAAAUCCAUAGGUGCCGCAGACCUGUGGACAGACAGCGGUCAUGGGGAGCCCCACCUCUAGACGUGGGACCUCCGGCAGCUCCAGCCCCUCCUGCCUCUUGUGCCUCAUCCCAGUGGCCUUGGCUUUCCCUGCCAGCUCUGGUCCCUGCAUUCUGGGGGCCUUGAUCCUCGUGCCUCGGGGAGUGUUUGGCUCACAACAGGGGUCCCAGG